AAUAUCCAAAUCUAGGGUUAACUUGUGAAACAUGGAUACCAUGAUGGAGACCUCCCAGGAGAAUCAACAAUCUACGGCUCAGAGGAAGCGCAAGGCGGAUGAAAUCGAAGGAGAGGGCCAGGAUGAUGGGGAGGACGACGGAGACGCGUCCAGCCGUGAGGGGUUCCAAGAAUGGGACGUGGACAGUUUCGAGGAUGGGCACCAAUACAUACCCAAUAAGAAGAUCGACCCAAACGAUGAGGAAGCUCAAAAGAUGCGUCGAUACAGGCUUCUUGCGUCUCUAUUUGAUUUCAAUGGGUUACAACAAAUUAUAAAUCUUUUCUUGAUUCUUUAGGGUUUCAACGUGGAUAAAGAAAACUUUCCUGGGAGAGUAGCCUACCGAGAACUCUAUCCUAUUGAUCUUGAUCAACCUUUUAAGAGUGGUCUUACAGGGCGCGCCUACAUGCAAAACAAUGUCGAUUUGACCGUGGACAAAUUCAACAAAAUCAACGGCUUGUCUCUUACAUGUGUGUCUAUUGUGAGGGCUGUUGUCUGCACUGUCUCCUGUUCACUCAAAUCCUACAUCACCUUCAUGGCCACAGAGACUCCAGAUGGACAUCUUGUUGAAUAUCAAGCUAAAACAGAACAGAUGCCAUGGCAAAACCGAGCCCACGGCCUCUUCUGCAGACCAACUCCUAAACCAAAAGGCAAAAGUUAUACACGUGCCCAGGUACGAGGAUUGUGUAUCCAGUGAUUCUUCCGCCGAUAGUAUUGCAUCUAGCCGCGGAAGCGACCAAGCAUGGGACGUCGAUAGCUUUGAUGAUGAAUCCGAGUACCAACCCCCAGAUAGAAUGUGUCCCAUCGAAGAGGAAAUUAAACUAAUGCGUCUUUAUAGACCAAAGAUGAACCGUAGCAAGGGUUUCUAUGUGGAUGGAGAAACCUACCCUGGGGAAACUGUCUUUUUCUCUCAGGUUGAUCUUGAUGAACGCUUCCCCGGUAUUGAGCUUACAGGCCGUGAGCACAUGCAAAGCCUGGUAGAUUUGGCUCUUGAAAAAUACAACAACAUUAAGGAAACAAAUGUGACAUGUGAAUCAAUUGUGCGGGCGAAUCUGACGAGAGUGAACGGGUACAAGUUGUACAUCACGUUCAUGGCUAGAGAGUCUCCAGAGGGGGAGCUUGUGGAGUAUCAAGCAAAAACGGAGAGGAAGGUUUGGCAACGGAAAUAUCAUGCCAUGUUUUGCAGGCCAACUCCAAAAUCCAAAGAUUGAGCUUGUAAUCAGGCUUGUGAUGAACAAGUAUCCAAGAGGAGUAGAAGAGCUAUCUUUGGUUUUAAAAUAUAUCUUUUAUCUUUUAGUAGACCUAAGUGUAGGCAUCAACGAAUGUUUCCUCUAGACUUAUUCAAUAGUUGUAAUGUGUAGAACCAUUUCUUUUUGAGAAUGGUACUAAUAUCAGUUCUUUUUUUUCAUUUUGGGUUUAAUUAAAUUUCAUCGGGUUGAUUUCGAAUGACAUUGUUGGUAAAUUGGGCUACCAAACUUGUUUUAGACAUAGAAUAAUGGACACGUUCCAUUAACUAUUCACAAAAGACAAUUGCGCGAGCAGUUGAACAGCAAGCAAUAGCUAGAGUUUGAGUUGAUAUUUUCUCACCCAACGAGUUAGCCUUAGGAGCUUACUAUGUCUUUUCUAAUUCAUUGACUCUUGUGGCUGCCUAAAUGAUGAACCAACAAAUGCCUAACAAUUGGACAUCUUUAAUUUAAGAAGUCUAAUACUUCAUCAUCUGAAUUGUUUGGCCUGACAAGACAAAUCAUAAACAGCUAUUUAGAUAGCUUAGAUUGAUCCUAAUCGACCAUAAUGACUUCAAGUCGAGUUAAGUUCCAUUUUGAUGAUUAAAAUGAACACUUCUCUUGGGUCAGUGGUCGAUUUGACCAAUCUCGACUCUCUUUUUUUUUUUGUGUUUGGUAACUGAUUGUGAUAGAAUAAGAGUACGAUACGAUGUCCCCUCCUACGACUUUGAUCAUCCAAACAAAAAUAUUAUAUCAAACGGGUUUAUCGUUCUGACUAAUUUACUUUUUGACACUUUAAAUACUAAACUCUUAAUCAUCAUAGCCAAACAGGAAGGUUGGAUGAAAUGUAUAGACUUCCUAAUUAUCAUUAUAUUUUGUUUAGUGAUAUAUGGUUUGAUACUAGAGUUUAACUGUCCACAAGUAUCGGCCAGUAAAAUUUGAAUAACUACUAUUCAAAAAGAUAUGAAUCAGUUCUAUUAUUGUUAUUUCUUUAUCUUGACCAUGUUUUGUUCGAUUCUCUCACUAGAGGUUGUUUACAAGUUGGCUUAGCCCACACAACUCAAUUGAUAACUUUCUUGAUUUGUCAAUGGAUUGACUUGCUGCGAAAGUGAAAUGAUUAUGUGAAUGAGACAUGUUAUUCUACACAGAUUGGACUAUAGUUAGACCUGGUCGUUCGGGUACCUGUUGGCGUGCGGAUCGGAUUUUUUGGAUUUUGGUUCUCUUUUAUAACACCUCCUAGGUCCUAUUCUAGUAAUUUUGCAAGUACGGAUCGGGUUCGGAUAUAACACAUCGGGUUCGGAUCGGUUUUGUAUCACAUCAUAGAACCCAUAAAGUAAUCAUAUAUCGUUCGGAUUCAGGUUAUAUCAGAUCGGUUCGGAUACACCCGAAAUAAAAUCUAAAAUUUAAAAGUAAAACAUAAGAAAUAUAUAUUUAUUUAUAUAUAAUUAAGUAUUUAAGGUAAUUAUUUAAAUUUUAAAUACUUAUUGUUAGAUAACAUAUCAAAAUAAAUAUAAAAUUGAAUAUUUGAAGUAUAUAUUCAUGUUUCAUAUAAUUAUAUUGUAUAUUAUUUUGGACAUUCGGAUCGGUUUCUUCGGAUAUUUUUUCG